AUCACUAUUAAAAUACGAGCCAAAAAAUAUUAGGCCUGUUGUUUUUAGCUGAACUUCUUGUAUAGUUCAUCUUUCCUCUAAGUCGAAUUCUGAUUAAUGCGCUUGCGCGUGUUUUCGUCCGCGUAAAUCCUUGAAAGUGACUCUGUCGAGUGUUGACGACUCUCCGAUGUCGCGAAUGGGAGUGCGACGAGUUUUCUCUGCGUAUUCGUGAAGGAUUCGUGUUUUGACACGCAAGCGAGAGAGUUAUCUGGCUCUUCUCAAAUCUCCGUUCCGAGUAACUUCAAGGAAAUCGACGAGAGUCCGAGGAGGAAACCGCGAGACUCUGGAGAGUGCUCUCGCUUGCGUCUGUUAUGUCGCUGCCCGUGUGGACCGAAAAAGACACGUUCGAACUUAUUAGACUUUACAAGGAGAACGCGCCGUUAUGGGACAUGAAGCUCGAGGAUUACAAAAACAAAGAAUUAAAGGCGAGAUUAAUAAGCGACAUCGCGACACGUAUGAAUAUUGCGCCAGAGGAGAUUAACAAGAAACUGCAAAUGCUCAGGAGUCAGGUAUCUCGAGAAAUAAACAAACUAAAACUAAAGAAAAAAAAUGCAGACAGUGAAGAUAAAAUAUAUGUCAGCGCCUGGAGUUAUUUUUCAGCACUGAAUUUUUUAAUUCCUACUGUAACAAGCAGAUCUAAACGUUCGGAAGUUAUGAUUCAAGGGACUUUAGAAAAGAAGGGACGCAGCAAGGUGAAAGCAGAAUCAAACAAAAUAGAAAACAAAGAGACAUUGAAAAGAAAACAGGAAAAUGGGAAAGGACAAAAACGUUCUUUCAAAUCAUUAGACGUCGUUAACAAGGAAAAAUCGAAGCGUCUAUGCGUCUCACCUAUAACACGGAACAAAGAUGAGCGUUUCGGCGAGUGGGUAGCACUAGAAUUACAAAGCCUACACUCGGAAGUAAACAAAAGAGUAUUAAAGAGCGAGAUUAGGAAAGCGAUAUGUCAUAUUGCUGAUUUAGAUAAUGCGGAUAUUGUCGUUCCUAGCACAUCGCUCAAUUCGUCACAGUCUUCCACAUACACACCAAUGUGCGAAAUAACUAAUAUAAAAUCCGAAAACGUAUAUAAUAAUACUUGCCAAUAAGAGUCGUCAAUUUAAUUUAUAAUUGU